UCACAUGUGGACUGGGAUUUUAAUACUGACGGGAACGUGCUCGCUGUGUUGAUACAACCUAGACAGCCAAGCGAGUGAUGCGGCUUAUGGUUCCCAUCACGCAGAAUACUUGAAAUAUUAAAGGCUUUACCAGCUGCAGAGGCAUCGUCGGAAAUCCCUAACGUUAUAUUCACGACAAAUGAUAGAAUGGAAAACCUGGAGUUGAGCCUGACAUCUCUAGGUGCGAUCUCAAGACAUAUCGAUAAAAGUCACAACGAACUCAGCAAAUAUCUCACAAAACAGAUAUGGAGUCAGCAGGACAGGCAGUGUAUACUAGAAUGCCUUGCGCAGCUCCUGUUGGAGAAGGAAUACACCCUCCUCAUUUCUCGUCACUUGCGACCAAUGAUCCUGGACCUUUUGGAGAGGAAUGCCGAAAGGAUCAAAGUAGACGUCAGACUGAAUCAUGACCUCCACGAGCGCUUGUGUGUGGCUCUAAGCAAACUUCUUAACAUCAGUCCAGAUGCUCAAGCGUUUGCAGCGAGGUAUUUUAGCAGCUCUCCUCCAGUAUUUCAGAGGCUCUUCUUCACCAGCGAAGAGGCUUCUUCCAUCCAGUAUGGGCCCAGACGGAUGAAAUUACGGGACCUGAUGGGGGCCACCCUCCGCUUCCUCCAAAGCGACUGUGAGAAGUUUCGUGUCCUGUGGGACUGGAGUGCCUGUGUUUCACAGCUUCUCACCAGUGACGUCAUGGUCAGAAGCUACACUGCCCAGUGCCUUGCCCUGGUGUCCCACAUGACAGAUAACCAGAAAACAAUAUUUUUGAGGAAGGUGCUUUCGAGUGAAGAGAUUCUGCAUCUGAAAAUGAAGUCACUCGAGGAGACACAGCUGCUGGAGGUAGAAAAGGCUCUGGUUUUGGCCAAUCAGGGCUCAGCAGUAUGGCGUAAAGAGAGGGUAAAUAAGGUCACCCGCGGUCAGGUGGUGACAGAAGACCUGACACGGAGUGUUACUGUGGUGUGUGGGGUGCUUCUACCUAGACGGACCCCUCGACAGGACGAACAGACAAGUUUAAGUAAUUUAGUGCUGGUGGAUUCAACCUGCCAAAAUCUUCGGCGACUCGCCAUGGCUGUGGCGUCCCAGAAGCCCAUUCUUUUGGAAGGGCCAAUUGGAUGUGGAAAAACUGCUCUUGUUGAAUAUCUUGCUGCUGUCACUGGGCACAUUAAAGCCCCUGACAUCCUUAAAGUUCAGCUUGGAGAUCAAACCGACAGUAAGAUGUUGCUGGGUAUGUACCGCUGCACAGAUAUACCUGGAAAGUUUGUGUGGCAGCCGGGGUCCCUGACCCAGGCAGUCUCUAAAGGUUACUGGAUUCUGCUGGAGGACAUUGAUCACGCUCCUUUAGAUGUGAUAUCUGUUCUGCUCCCUCUCAUGGAGAACAAGAAAUUGACAAUUCCAGGACGAGAGGACUGCAUUCAGAUGGCCCCAUCAUUCCAGUUUUUUGCCACACGAAGGACGUUUUACAGUGGAGGAGCCUGGCAUCGACCGCAGGGUUCACGUGCUGCACUUCUGGACAAAUACUGGAGUAAACUGCAGAUUGGCAACAUGAGCCGAGAGGAACUUAAACAAGUCCUAAUGAAGAGGUACCCUAACCUGGCAGUGGUGGUGGAGCGUCUUUUGGACAUCUACUGCCAGCUAACAGGAGACAGACAUCAAAUCAGCUCCAGUCCACAGGGUCCUAGUGCAGCCCAGAACACAUCAGAUGAACACAUCACAUCACUGGAAGGCAGAAGCCUCUCUCUGAGGGACUUGCAGAAAUGGUGUGAGAGAAUCUUCUUAAAUUUUGACAACUCUUGUGCUUCCACAGCACAAAAUGUGUUUCUAGAGGCUCUGGACUGCUUCACUGCCAUGCUCUCCAAAUCCGAGAGCAGGCUCAAGAUGGCAGAGAUCAUUGGCAGCAAACUCAACAUAUCCAGAGAGAAGGCCCAGCACUUUUGCCAGAUGUACCUGCCUGCCAUCAGUGUGACAGAGCUGGAGGUGACAGUGGGCCGUGCCAUGUUACUCUGCAAGCAGAGCGACGCAGUGUGGCUGAGCAUAGGCAGACAAACAUUUGCCACCACACGGCCGUCCUCUGUACUUUUGGAGCAGCUCUCAGUGUGUGUCACUAAAGGGGAACCUGUCCUGUUGGUCGGGGAGACGGGCACAGGAAAGACCUCUACUGUCCAGUACCUGGCAGAAAUGACAGGACACAAACUCAGAGUGGUCAACAUGAACCAACAGAGUGACACUGCUGACCUAUUAGGAGGGUAUAAACCAGUGGACCAAAAGCUUAUCCUUUUGCCCCUCCGGGAAGCAUUUGAGGACCUCUUUUCCCAGACAUACUCUCGGAAACAGAACCUGACCUUCCUGGGUCACGUCCAGACCUGUUUCAGAGGCAAACGCUGGCAGGACCUUCUGAAGCUCAUGGACCAUGUCUGCAAAUCAGCACUAACCAAGGAACUACACGAUAAACCCAAUGCUGCCUUGCUGCAGGAGCAGUGGGAGGCUUUGGCUCUCAAACUCAGUCAGACGCAGGAACAGAUCCGGGCCUGUGAAUCCGCUUUGGUCUUUGCAUUUGUGGAGGGGACUUUAGCCCAGGCUGUGAAGAAAGGCCAAUGGAUCCUGCUGGAUGAGAUUAAUCUGGCUGCUGCAGAGACGCUGGAGUGUCUGAGUGGAUUGCUGGAGGGCAGCGCUGGGUCACUGGUGCUACUGGAUAGAGGCGACACUGAGCCUCUGGUUCGUCACCCAGACUUCCGCCUGUUUGCCUGCAUGAACCCAGCCACUGAUGUAGGCAAGAGGAACCUGCCACUGGGCAUUAGAAACCGAUUUACAGAGUUGUAUGUGGAGGAGCUUGAGAGUGAAAGUGAUUUACGAAUCCUCGUCUCUGACUAUCUCAAGGGCCUUAACCUGACCAGAGGCAUCAUCCAUGGAAUCAUCAGUUUUUAUUUGGCUGUUCGUAAGGAGGCUAACACUCGGCUAGUGGACGGUACGGGUCACAAGCCUCACUACAGCUUGCGUACACUUUGCAGAGCUCUGAAAUAUGUGGCCUCUGAUCCCUGCUACAACAUCCAACGCUCCCUCUAUGAGGGUUUCUGUCUGAGUUUUCUCACUCAGCUGGAUCGCAGCUCUCACCCUGUUGUGCAGAAACUGGUGUGUCAGUACAUACUAGGAGGAAAUGUGAAGUGUCUAAAACAGCCAAUCCCAAAGCCAAAGGACCGCGUGUGCAUGCAGAUAGAGGACUACUGGCUGAUGCGGGGUGACAUGGAGCCUACUGUAGACUCCAGUUACAUCCUCACACCCUCCGUCAAGCUCAACCUGAAAGACCUGGCACGGGUAGUGUCUGCCGGCAUCCAUCCAGUGCUUAUUCAGGGGGAAACGUCUGUAGGAAAGACGAGUCUGAUAAAAUGGCUUUCAGCUGCCACAGGAAACCAGUGUGUGCGGAUCAAUAACCAUGAGCACACAGAUAUCCAGGAGUACAUUGGCUGCUACUCCUCUGAUGAGCAUGGCAAACUUGUCUUUAAAGAAGGUGUUCUGAUCGAUGCCAUGAGGAAAGGUUAUUGGAUCAUUCUAGAUGAAUUAAACCUUGCCCCCACUGAUGUCCUCGAGGCCCUGAAUAGAUUGCUGGAUGAUAACCGGGAGCUCUUCAUCGCCGAGACACAGGAAGUCGUCAAAGCCCACCCUAGAUUUAUGCUCUUUGCCACCCAGAAUCCUCCUGGGCUUUACGGGGGCAGAAAGGUCCUGUCCCGAGCAUUUAGGAACCGUUUCGUGGAGCUGCAUUUUGAUGAGCUGCCCAGUGUAGAGCUUGAGAACAUUCUCCAUCAGCGCUGCAGUUUGCCCCCAUCCUACUGCUCCAAACUCAUCAAAGUCAUGCAGAACUUGCAGUCCUUGCGUAGAGGAUCUAGUGUGUUUGCUGGAAAACAUGGGUACAUUACCCUAAGAGACCUGUUCCGCUGGGCUGAACGCUAUAGGCUGGAAGAGCAGAAUGACACCUCACGUGAUUGGCUACAACAUUUGGCUGAUGACGGCUACAUGCUGUUGGCCGGCCGUGUCAGGAAGCCAGAGGAAGCGCUGACCAUCCAGAACAUUUUGGAGAAGCACUUUAAAAGGACUGUGAACUUAGAUGCUCUUUUCUCUGAAGCUCAGGUCACCUCUCAGUUCAGCCCUUUUGUGGACAGCAUUGCGGGUGUCCCUGAAGAGUUCGGUCAUGUGGUGUGGACCCAGGGCAUGAGGAGACUGGCUGUGCUAGUGGGCAGAGCACUUCAUUUUGGAGAGUCUGUUCUACUUGUCGGGGACACGGGCUGUGGUAAAACCACCAUCUGCCAGCUGUUUGCUGCAUUAGCUGGUCAGAAGUUCUUCUCUGUGAACUGUCACUUGCAUAUGGAGACGUCUGACUUUCUGGGUGGCCUCCGACCUGUCCGUCACACGGGAACCCAACAGGCUGAUGCCGAGGACGGCCGUCUGUUUGAAUGGCAUGAUGGACCACUGGUGCUGGCGAUGAAACAGGACGGUGUGUUUCUAAUGGAUGAGAUCUCACUGGCAGAUGACUCUGUGCUGGAGAGACUCAACAGCGUAUUGGAGACUGAAAAAUCAUUGGUGCUGGCAGAGAAAGGCAGCGGAGAUGAUGAAGAUGUUGAGCUGAUCAUUGCUGGGAAGAAGUUCCGGCUUGUCUCUACCAUGAACCCCGGAGGUGAUUUUGGAAAGAAAGAGCUGUCUCCAGCACUCAGGAACAGGUUCACAGAGAUUUGGUGCCCCCAGAGCAACAGUCGUAAUGAUCUAAUGCAGAUCAUCCAACACAAUCUAAGGCCUGGACUCUCUCUGGACCAGCAUGACCACCAAGGUAAAGACAUAGCAGAGCUCAUGCUGGACUUCAUCGACUGGCUGACCAAUCAGGAGUUUGGCCGACGGUGUAUUCUAAGCGUGCGAGACAUUCUGUCAUGGGUGAACUUCAUGAACACAGUAUGUGAGCGGGACGAGGACGGCUUCAUGACCAUGGGGGAGCUGGAGGAGGAGGAGCCCGAAUGGGACCUGCGAUUGGACACCGUAACAGCCUUUAUUCAUGCUGCGUGCCUUGUGUAUGUGGACGGAAUCGGCUCAGGAACCACAGUGUCGGCAGCAGAGAAUGCCCUGGUGGCACGGAAAUUGAGUAUGGAAUACCUGGAGAAGAGACUGAGCAGAAUUACAGAGCUAGAUGAGGAGAUGAGGGAUGCGCUCAGAGUCUACGACACUAAUGUACCCCGAGAGCCCCAGUGGGGUGAAGACUUCUUUGGCAUUGACCCCUUCUACAUCGCUGCAGGUUCUGAGAGUGAGGGCAGGAGUCUGUCGCACUACGCUUUGAGUGCGGGCACCACUGCAGUGAAUGCUCAGAGGAUAUUACGGGCACUGAAGCUUCAAAGACCCAUACUUCUGGAGGGCUCACCUGGAGUGGGCAAAACCAGCCUGGUCGCUGCCCUUGCCAAGGCAUCUGGGAACCAUCUUGUCAGGAUCAACCUGUCUGAACAAACUGAUGUUACGGAUCUCUUUGGGACAGACCUGCCAGUGGAAGGUGGGAAAGGAGGAGAGUUUGCGUGGCGGGAUGGUCCUCUCCUUGCUGGGCUGAAGGCUGGACAUUGGAUCGUCCUAGAUGAGCUGAAUCUGGCCUCUCAGUCAGUGCUGGAAGGUCUGAACGCUUGCUUUGACCAUCGUGCUGAGAUCUACAUCCCUGAGCUGGGCAUGCGCUUCCAUGUUCAGCAUGGGAAGACCAAGAUCUUUGGCUGCCAAAACCCUUUCACACAGGGAGGAGGACGCAAAGGCCUUCCCAAGUCCUUCCUAAACAGAUUCACCCAGGUUUAUGUGGAUGCACUAACCAAUGAAGACAUGCAGUUCAUUGGUGACUCCAUCUUUCCUAACAUUGACAAUGCGAUCAUUUCAAAAAUGGUGCAAUUUAGUAGCCGGCUUGUCAAAGAAGUGACAGUUGAAAGGAAAUGGGGCCAGAUAGGAGGACCAUGGGAGUUUAAUCUCCGUGACCUGUUCCGUUGGUGCCAGCUGAUGCAGACAGACCAAUCACCAGGCUUCUUCAACCCUGGCCAGCAUGUUGGACUUGUGUAUGCAGACCGCAUGAGGACCGAGGCAGACAAGGCUCAGGUGUUAGCAGUGUUUAGGAAGGUGUUUGGAGAAGACUUUGAACCUUAUAUGGGCUCCAGACAGUUCCAUAUCACCCCUUUGAACUUACAGUUGGGUUACUCAGUUCUGCAGCGUAGUGGAGGGGCACCUAUUGCUCUGGAUCCUCCUUUGUCGAUUACCCAUCAUUCUUUGCACCCUCUGGAAGCCCUGAUGAAGUGUGUGGAGAUGGGGUGGAUGGUCAUACUGGUGGGUCCCACUGCGAGUGGAAAGAGCAGUCUAGUGCAUCUGCUUGCACUGUUAACAGGACACAGACUGAGGGUCAUGGCCAUGAACAGCGCCAUGGACACAACGGAGCUGCUGGGUGGUUUUGAGCAGGUGGACAUCAUACGGCCAUGGCAGCAGGUCUUGGAGAGUAUGGACUAUGUGGUGGCCAUGGUGACCAGACGAGGCCUGAUGUCAUUGGAUGGGGCGGUGCAGGACACUGAGUUUCUGUUGAGCACGUGGAGCACUUUCCGCCGCUGGCUGAGAGAGGAGGGUCUGGACACCACAGAGGGCAUGGUCACGUUUGAGGCUUUAAACAAACUGGAGGUCAUCAUUGUUCUGCUGCACAAACUCAACACUAAACUCAAGGUCUUAACAGACAUGUCAAAGCUGCAGAUGGACUUCACUCUACUGAAGGAGCGGUUGGCCCAAAUGCAGGACGGUUGGACUCAUGGGGGCUUUGAGUGGCUGGAUGGGACGUUAGUUCAGGCGCUGCAGGCUGGAGACUGGUUGCUCAUGGACAAUGUCAACUUCUGCAGCCCUUCAGUGUUGGAUCGACUGAAUGCCCUUCUGGAGCCUGGCGGGUCAUUAACCAUUAAUGAACGAGGGAUCAUUGAUGGAACCACACCCACCAUCACACCCCACCCUAACUUCAGGUUGUUCCUCACCAUGGAUCCCACCCACGGGGAAAUCUCUCGAGCCAUGAGAAACCGUGGUGUUGAGAUCUACAUCCCUGGCGAGCAUGAGGGAGUGUGCUGGGACACCCUUGAUCUAAAGAUGGUGUUACACACCCUGGGUGUGACGGGAGACUGUGUGUGUGACCUGCUGAUCUCCAUUCAUUCAGAAAUCAAGAACACAAUAUGGGACUCACCUGCAUCAUCCUUGUCAUCUCUGCUCCAUGCUGCGUCUCUGUUGUCUGGUCAGCUCCAGAGAGGAGUUGAUCUGCCCAGUGCCCUUUUACAGGCCUGUGGAGAGGCUUAUGCUUUCUGUCAACGCACCACUGCUAACCAGCAGCUGGCUCAGGACGUCAUUGAGAGGCAGCUGGCAGUGCUGGACUCUGAGGACUGGGGCAGUGGGCUGCUAUGUGCGGGUGUGUGGCCGGACCGUAUCCCCUCAGCCCUGAUGUGCACUGAGGACUCGUGUUUCUCCAGUGUCCAGAGAGACGGACAGGUCCUCCUGUACUGCCUCAACACUCUCAGUCUUUACGGGAAAAGAAAUCGUCCACUGAGCCUGGUUGACCUGCAGAGGGCAAUGCAGAGUGGUGCUGUACUGGAUGGGCUGCAGUUUUCUGGCGGUGGAGGACUGGAGGGUGGAGCUGAGAAUGCCCUUCGCCUCCUCCCGACAGCAGUUAAAAUACUGACAGAAAGAGCUUCUCACAGUGACUGGGUCCUCAGAACCAGCUGGCUCUCCCACCUUACCAAAACGUACAAACAUGCAGAUGCAGCUCUGAUGCAGUUGGAGGCAGGAUGCACAGCGCUGAAGGCCGUAUUCAACAGCAAGCUUAUCGGGAAAGGCAAAUGUCUGGCAGAGCUCUUGCAACCACACAGCACAGAUGACUACAGGAUUCUGGUCGACAUGCGCUGGAACAAGCAGUACUUGGACAUUUUGGCAAACACAUGCAACUUUGAGGAUGAGGAGAGAUACAUGGAAUUCAUGGAAGCCCUGAAUGCUGUUGCCAACAGAAUCACAUUGCUGAUGGACCGAGAGGAGAGUGCAGCUAUUAACAGCAGUGCUGGAAACAGCUCGCCUCAUAACAGCGCACUUAGACUGGCCACUUCUUUCUCAAAAGGGACGGUUGACAUAGGCCACCUACCUCAUCCAGUGUUGAUCCACCUGCGCUCAUUCUUCGACCUGUGGGAUUCAUUUGUACUGGAAGCUGUGCAGUCGGGCCAGCCCUACAUCUCCGACCACCUCAUGUUUGAGAUCCUGCAGUUGCUGCAGUGGAGGGAUCGUUUCUGGCAUGUGUGUAACACUCUGUCUGCGGAUACUCGGAGUGUGUGUGUGAUGUCCCUGCACUGGCAGUGGGUGCACAAAAACCUCAUUUUGCGGCUGCCUCAGCUUUUGAUGGGGGAUAGUGACUAUGAAGGCCAACAGGAAUUACACACGAUCUCCACGGCCAUCCAGAACACACUUUCCAGCCCUGUCGCUGUGGCUUCUGCUCUGAAGGGCAUUCAGAAGACAUUAGGAAAACCACUGCCAUUUAAGCUGGAGGCGGUGGCUGAAUGUGCAGCCCGCCUGCGAGUGCUGUGCAGGGCUUUGGAUGUUAGGGACCUGCGACUGGACAACAGCCUCGCAUCGCUGUGGAAACAAGAGGUGUCUCGUCUCCGUGGUGUGGCCAUGGGAAUUGACUCCAAAGAAGCUCUACUGGAAGCUUGGGGUUUGGUGCUCCAGGCCAACAUCCUGCUGGAGCCUCAGAACUCAGGGGUUCUGGAGAGGCUUGUGAGCUGUGUGGAUCAGCAGCAGGGUCAUAUGGCUUCCUGUGGCCUGCUGGACUCUCUUUCAGAAGAUAAUGAAGAAGUUGGAGACAGUGCUGCCCCAGGCCGGGAGGUGUUACUGCAGCUUGCACGCAGGGCUCAGCUGUGGCCUGCACUGGAGGAGCUGGCAGUCCUUAACCAAAUGAAAGUCACCACAGACCUGCUGUACCUCUCAGUCACACCAAGGAGCAGUAAGGAGGCUGAAGAUGGCCUGCGCAGGUCCUUCUCUAACCAUCUGCGUUUCUGUAUGCAGUCGACCCCCAUGAAUGUCCGACAGCUGCAGCCUCUCUGGUUCCUGCUCGGCACUGAGCGGCCUGUGGAGGAGCUGCCGCUGGUGUGGUGUGAGCUACUGUCUGAGACACUCGCAGCCUUAUGGAGCGGCAGCGUGACCUCUGACCCUGACCGCUGGCUGAAGUGGAAUCCGCUGAACCCUGAGGAGCACAUGAACUCCAGAUUACUGUUGGGACCAUCUGAUACGGGUCCUGGCAUGCUGAGUCGUGCUGUGUGGUCCCGCUGCAUGCUGGGAGUUCUGAGCAGCACUGAUGCUGGCGGCCGAUGGGAUCCAUCAGGGUCCCACUUCCUGUCAUCAUCACGUUUGACCCUGGGCGAGUGGAGAGAGAGAACCGGGCAGCUGCAAGAUCUGAAUGCUGUGAUCUGGGAUAAUAUGGCUAUGCCUGAGCUUGCAGACUUCAGAUUAACUGACUGUAGGUUGCAAGGGCUUGUGUUGCGUAGACAACUGCAGUCUCUCUCCGAGCUGUUGUCUCCAGGUUUACAGGAAAGCUAUGCAGAAUCCUGUGACAGUCUAACUGAAGGCCAGGACCCUAUCUCUGCAGCCCAGGAGAUUCAGAUCGCCCUCAGAGAAGGCCUGCCAGAAAAUCUGCUCCCAGAGGGCUUUCUAGAUACCCUAGUGACAUGCUUGACACAGUUUGCACACAACCGGGCACAAGAUUCGGUCCAACUUGCCCGGUCUGGAGUUUUUUGGGUGAAUAUGGGUCUGCUGCAAAUCCAAGUUUGGGCUCCACAAACAAUUUUUGACCCUGCAGUGAAAAGAGCCUAUAAACUCCGCUAUGCACAAGAGGAGCUUGCUUUGCUACAGGAAGAGUGGAGAGGGCGGAGUCUGUCCUCACAGCUGCUCACAGGGGCGGAGCUUGAGGAGAGUAGCACAACUGACAACUUCCAGCAUCCUCGCAUCAGGUACUUGUGGAUCCGUAUGCAGCAGGUGAAGGAGCAGAUUUGUGAACUGAGUCGUAAACAAGCCUGCCGCCCCCCUGACCCCCAAUAUGGUCGCCUGUAUCAAGAACUUCAGCACUACCUGUGCAGCAUCGGCCAACCAGCUGCAGUGGGUGACCUGCUGUCCCACCUCCUGAAGGCCUUACAGGCCCCAAAAUCAAGAUUGGGAGUCCAAGGUUUGUUGAAGGAGGAGGCUGUCUGGCAGGCUUCACAGCACCGCUUUGUCCAACGGCUGGUCGAGGAGUACCCACUUUAUCCUGACGUGGUUGUGCCCCUACGCGCAGCAAUUUUGCAAGUGCAACAUGGCAUGCGACUCCUGGCAGCUCAGGUGUCCUCGUCGGUGACUGCCCAACCGGGCCUGUCACGUCUCGUGUCCACUAUGCUAGCUUUUCCAAGUCCAGCGGCGUCCUCUGAUCUGGCCUGUGCAGACUACCUGUGUUCAAGGGAAUGCUUGCACAUGCUAAAGGGCCUGGGAAAGCAGUUGCCGGCAACAGAGGUCAGCCGUUUGAUCCCAGAUCAUGCAGUUUUGUUGUUGAAUGCGCUGCUGUACAUACAGAGUCACACACUGAGUGCUGGACAUCUCAGUGCAGAGACGCAAAAACUCUUCAGACAUGUUUGCCAGGCUAUAGUGAAUGAAUGGGACGAGCAGGAGAAGAGAGCGAGAGAAAAAGAGCAGAUGGAAGCCAGUCUGUACCGCAGUCGCUCUCGUCUGCAUGGGACAGGCCUUACAGAGGACCAGCAGGAAGAGAGAGAGUUCAGACGCUCUUUCCCGUCUUACCACAAGGAUUUUGCUGAUAUCACUUCAGAACCUAGUCUUGAUCAGCCAAUAAUCAUUGAGCAUGACGAUGAUGCAGAUCUGGAGUCAUCGUCUAGUGAGACGUGCAGCUUCCUUUUGGCCAGCAGCAUGAACACAGUGGUUCAGGUCCAUCAGAGACUCUGUUUGUCUUAUGCUCAGUCACUAUGGUACCAACCCAGCCCGCCAACCAAUCACAGCAAAGACCACAUCAGUGCCCUGGUUUCAUCAUAUCAAAUCACAGCUCCACUAAUAGCCCGCUUCUACCAUCUAAUGGAUUGUGAAGUGGACCCUAAAUUGAUGGGCUCUCAGCUUCUCCUCAGUACUCUGCUCCAGAACACUGUGAGCGGUUCUGGAGGUCCAGCUGGACUGAUUCUGCAGAGCGAUGGCCCGUAUGACUUCUACAGAGACCCCAACAUGAGUCAGGCCCGGAUCUGCCUGCCAGCGCUAGAACAGCUGAGUAAGGCUGUGAGACAGCGCCUGAGCGACUGGCCCGAACACCCUGCACUUGUUCAGAUCACCAUGGUAAUAGAGAGGAUAUUGGCGUUUAGUCUUUCCAGCCCUUUAGCAAAGUUCCUAAACGGUCUGGAGAUCCUGCUCAGCAAAUCACAGGACUGGGAAAACAAUGCUAGCCGGGCAGUGUCUCUUAGGAAUGAGCUGGAAGCUAUCACACAGCUCAUCAUUCAGUGGAGAAAACUUGAGCUCAACUGCUGGUCAAGCAGCCUAGAUAACGCACAGAAGCGCCAUGCUGAGAAUUCAACCAAGCACUGGUUGUCCAUUUACCAACUCAUCGAGAGAUACCUACAGGAGCAGAGGACAGACUCCAGACCCGAUGAUGGUGUGGAGAAUCUUUCCCUCUCCUCAGUCUCAUCCACCCUGCAGGCUUUCAUUGAAGGCUCCACCUUAGGAGACUUUUCUGUUCGCUUGUCCAUGCUGCUUGGUUUUCACUGCCACGUACUGCUGGCUCCCAAACAGGAAGGACAAGACUCGCUCUGCAGUUUGCUGUGGAAUCUCUAUAAAUAUUACACACAGUUCUCAGAGAGCAUCCAGGCCAAGAUCACCCAGCUGAGGUCCCCUAUAGAGAAAGAGCUCAAAGACUUUGUCAAAAUCUCCAAGUGGAAUGAUGUCAGUUUUUGGUCCAUCAAGCAGUCAGUGGAGAAGACACAUAGGACCCUGUUUAAGUUUGUGAAGAAGUUUGAGGCGGCACUGAAGGAGCCGUGUUCACCGUGUCUGGUGGAGCAGGGCAGUAGCAGCAGCAUGGAUGACGUGGAUUCACAUUCCGAGGAGACUUCUCUUCACAGGGUUCAUCGAGCUCUGAGAGCUGCCCUGCCUGGAAAGGGCCGGGAUCUGCAGGCUGAUGGUCCAGAGGAACUCUCAUCUGAUAAAGAGCCCUCGUCUCUCCAAGCCCGUCUGCCUGCCCUCACCAGGAAGAUGAAAAAGUUGUGUGUUCAACUGGUAAAGAAGACCCCUCUGCCUGAGCUCUCAGAAGACCUGGAUCAGUUCACAGCUGAGAUAAUUACCAAUGUGCAGGCCCUGCAGAGCCUGGCGGUGGACCGCAGCAUGGAGCAGGAGAAGCAAAAGGCAGAGGUGAAGCACAUCCAUCUGCAGAAACAGAGAGCACUGGCUGAUCUCUUCAAGAUGCUGGCACAAAUCGGUCUGUCCUACCGUAAGGGUCUUGCCUGGGGUCAUAUAGCAGACCCAGAUGAGACGAUGUGUCUGCAGCCCAUGGAGAUGAAGAUAGCCCUGUCUGCAGUCAAGACACAGGACAACACGGCGGACACGUUAUUUGUGGAGAUGAUGGAUGCGUGGGAAGGCUGUGAGAAGUACUUCUAUCGAUCCUGGGCCAGACGCAACGCCUUGCUGACGGCAUUACAAGGCGCUGUUAAAGAGCUUGGGCUGGGCAAUAUACAACGAUGUAGAGGUUUCUCUUCUCACCUGUUUAAACUUCUGCUGAAGCAAAGAGGAAGACUUGCAGGACUCACAGAGCACUGGGUCCAACUCAGGAAGUUGAUUGAGAAUAUCCAGAGCAUCAAGUCUGACACGCACUGCUCUGAAGAUGAUGUCAGCGGUCUCCCUCCUCAGAAGCCUCUCCAGCACUGGAUCACCAGAGCUCAGUCUUCAGUGCUGCACUGCUCUGUUGCUCUCCAGCAGCUCUCGUGGAUCCUCCAGUGCUGUCCUGAAGGUUCUUCUGCAGCCCCUGCUGAGGCCAGGGAGGGGGAGGUCAUGCAGGGUCAAGCCACACUGAGCCACCCGUCUCCCAUGCCCCCGCACAUCCAGCCACAGGCGUGUCUGCUGCGGAGAGGGGAGCAGGCUUGGAAGGAGGUGCAGCAGAAGCUGGAGAACCUAACGAAGGAAGUGAAAGACCUGAAAGAGAAGCUGGAUGGAUUGGCCCUGGAAUCCACUGAAAGAGUUGUCCAUAGCUGGGAUCACUUCACACUUUGCUGUUCCUCUCUGGACCGGCUAGGCAUCGUGGUGGGUCAGAUGCCGGCUCUAGAACAACUCUUUAUUCCUGAUGGUGUUCCGGUCCUCCGUACCCAGCCUGCCCUCAUCUACGGUCUCCAGGCCAUAAGGAAAGAGGUGGAGACCUGUCUCACAGAGUUCACCGCCUGGAAGACUCACCUGCUCUCUAUCAGACGGUCACAGAAACGAGGACGCUCCCAUCAGUUUUCUGCUGAGUUCUCCAGGCAGCUGGAGAAAACUAUAAAUAUGGUUCUGUGUGCGGUUCAGACGCUUGUUAAGAGGAAGGAGAAGGAAAAAGCAGAGGAUCAGCUCUCAGAAAGCAAGAGAGAGAGUGACUCGGAGGUGGCAGAGGAGCUCUUGAAACCAGGACACUUGAGCAGGUUACUGGAAGAAGACCUGAGUGGAGAUGUGUCCAGCCUCUCAUUACCAGAGAUCAAUGGAGUCGUAACAGAGCUUCUGGAGAGACUUGGAUCACACCGGGAUGACUGUCAGCCCCACCAACUACAGGAACUGAAAGAGGCUUGUAGGAGUGUGGUGCGUUUGGAGCCCAUGCUGUGUCUGUACUCGGAGCUGGUGAGGUAUUAUCUUGCUGUAAUGAUGGGAGCUCACCGUACCACAGGAAAGCUGCUGUCCGUCCUCGCUAACAUCUUCACUGAACUUGCACAGAAGGGUUUCUGUCUGCCCCAGGAGCUGAUGGGAGGAGGAGACGGCGAGGGAGCCACAGAGUUCCAUGAUUAUGAGGGUGGAGGAAUAGGAGAAGGUGAAGGAGUAAAAGACGUCAGUGACAAAAUCGAGAACGAGGAUCAGGUUGAAGACACCUUCCAGGAGGGUCAGGACAAGAAGGAGGAGGAGCAAAACAAACAGGACAUUAAAGAGGAGGACAAUGCCAUUGAGAUGUCUGAAGACUUUGAUGGAAAGAUGCAUGACGGCACAGACCAAGAGCCAGGGGAGGAUGAAGAAGACUCUGAUAAGGAAGAAGAUGAGGAGCUGGAUAAGAAGAUGGGGGAUCUGGGUGACGGUCAGACAGAUACUCUGGAUGAGAGAAUGUGGGGAGAUGAAGAGGAUGAUGAGGAUGAUGCUGACAGCGAUAAAGAGGAAGAGUCUGGUCCAGGAAUGGAUCAGGGAGAGUCAGAGCUGGUGGCAAAGGAUGACAACACGGAUGCUGGAGAGUCAAACAAAGAUAAGAACCAGGACAAAGAUCACCUAAAAGAUGAGGAAGAAAAGGAGAAAAUCCAUGAACAGCUGGAUGAGCGUGAGUUUGAUGAAAAUGAAGUAGACCCGUACCACGGUAAGCAAGAGAAGGCGGCAGAAACCGAAGCCAUGGACCUGCCAGAUGAUCUCAACCUGGAUGAAGAUGCCAAGGAUGAAGAGGAAGGAGAAGGAGACGAGGAGAAUCCAUUUGAUAUAGAUGACAAACUCAUGGAGGUGGAUGAGAACAAGGAAGAAGAGAAAGAUGGGUCGGAGGAAGGUGGAGAAGAGAUGACCGAUGAGCAACAAGAAGGACAGACAGAGGAACAGGGAGAAGAAGACGAAGCAGAAGAGAAGGAAGGAGCAGACAAAUCAGAGAAUCAAGAGUCUGAAACGGAUGAAAGAGGAGAGAAUGAAGAAGAGGAGAAAGAGGAGGAGGAGAAAAAUAAAGGACAGGAAGAAGGGCGAGAUGAGAACAAGUCUAUUCCAGCUGAUCAAGGGCAAACACCAAAGGAGGAAGAGGACAAGGGUGAGGAUGAUGAUGAUGAAGCACAGAUGGAAUCUGCAGAGAGGAAGGAGCAUGCGUCAGAUGGACAGACAGGAGAGGAGAACGUCCAGAGUGACACCGCAGUAGAGCUGGCGGGAGCUGCGUCAGAGAGAGACCAGGCGAAGGAGGAGGAUGGCAGCGGGGCCGCAGACGCCAGUCAGUCUGAGGGGCACGACUCCAAGCUGAUGUCCAGCAUGAGUUCACAAAAACAGAGGCAGAGAAACACGCAGAGCUUCAAACGCAAACCUGGAAAGGCAGAUAAUGAACGCUCAAUGGGAGAUUAUAAUGAGCGUGUGAAUAAACGUUUGCGUACGGUUGACAACAGAGAGGAGAAAACACAAGAUCAGUCUCAGCCCAACACACAGCAGGAGUCUGACCUGUACGAGCACAUUAAACAUGGGGAGGAGAGAUACGAUGCCCAGACAUAUGAUGCUGCCAGUGCAGAACAGCAGAAGCCGACUGGUGUGAAACAGGAAGAGGAGGAUGAAGAAGACGACAUUGCAAUGGAUGUGGAGGAAGAAAAGGACCUGCAAGCUGUUGAAGCCCAGGAGCUUAAACCCGAGAAGCUCGACGACAAUAAAGCUUCUCAGAAAGGUUUGGAGUGUGGGGACUUGGAGGCACAGAAACAGGCCAGUGAAGAAGAAAAGGAGAAGCCAGAGACACAGAGGAGCAGUAAUGAAGAAGAGAUGAAAGAGAGGAGUGAUGAGUCCACCAUCCACACUGUGCCUGAAUUACUCAUGGACAUGCAAACGGCACCAUUGAAGAACCCAGAAGAGCUGAGAAGAGAGAUGGAGCUGCAGUUGGAGGCCUGGCAGAGACAGACUUUAGGAUCCCAGGAAGAGGAGAGUGCGGCAGCAGCGCUGUGGCAUCAGUACCAGGCCCUGACGUCUCUUCUGUCCCAGCAGCUCUGUGAGCAGCUCCGGCUUGUCUUGGAGCCCACACAGGCUGCCAAACUCAGGGGAGACUUUCGCACAGGCAAACGGCUGAACAUGCGCAAGGUCAUUCCUUACAUCGCCAGUCAGUUCCGCAAGGAUAAGAUCUGGCUGAGGAGAACAAAACCCAGUAAGAGAAACUACCAGAUCUGCCUGGCUGUGGAUGACUCCUCCAGUAUGGUGGACAACCACUCCAAACAGCUGGCAUUCGAGUCGGUUUCAGUCAUAGUGAAUGCUCUCACACUUUUGGAAGUGGGUCAGGUGGCUGUGUGCAGUUUUGGAGAGAGUGUCCAACUGCUCCAUCCCUUCCAUCAGCAGUUCAAUGACCAAACAGGAGCAAAAAUACUGCGCCUCUGUCAGUUCCAGCAGAAAAAGACCAGAAUAGCUCAAUUUUUAGAGACUUCGACAAAUAUGUUCAUGGCAGCCAAACAGCAGACCCCUGGCUCAACAAACACUGAAACAUCUCAGUUACUGCUAAUAGUAUCUGAUGGUCGCGGUUUGUUCUUGGAAGGGAAAGAGAGAGUCGCAGCUGCCGUUCAGGCUGCUCGCAGCGCAAACAUCUUUGUCAUAUUUGUAGUGCUGGAUAACCCAAACUCCAGGGAUUCCAUAUUGGAUAUCAAAGUACCCAUAUUUAAAGGGCCGGGUGAGCUGCCGGAGAUUCGGUCCUACAUGGAAGAAUUCCCCUUCCCCUUCUACAUUAUCUUGCGAAAUGUGAACGCCCUCCCAGAGACACUCAGUGAUGCUUUGAGACAGUGGUUCGAACUUGUCACAGCCACAGACCAGUAAUGGACACAUGGAAGCAAAUUAAGAGGGGCCAGAAGACAAAAUUGUAAAUCUGAAGCUCCACUGCUGCUAGUCGUCCCAAACAUCAGUGCACACAGCACACCCACAAAAACAUUAUAAAGGCUGCUGUACAUGUGCCUUUUUUAUUUUUUUGAAUUUGUAGGUUGAUUGAAGUGGUUUCUCUUUUUUUCAUCACCACAUUCACCAGGAAUUGUUUUCCAAUUGUUACCAUCAGUCAACUUUGCACAUUUUAUUUUAUUUUAUCUUUAACAGCAAGGAAAUGUGAUGGCGGUGUGUGUGGAAAAACUUCAGUUGAACUGACUGAAUGUUGACUGAAGAGAUCUCCAACCCAGGAGGAUUUCCCACCCCCUUUUUUGUCCUGUAUGCAUCCAGUUUGUGUAUGUGACUUUUCGUGUGAAUGGCACUGGCAAUGUUUGAUAAUAACAUAUGCAUAAAAGUCCAAUUACAUGUUAGUAAUCACUUUCAGACCCGUUUAUGGUAUCCAAAAAAAACUAUGUGCCUUUACAUAAACCAUGUUCCCAUCUAGACGGUUCUCAAUUAAGACUUUGGUACUGACUCAUCACCCACACUGUAUAUUUGAAGGAUUCUGACUACUGAACCACUGGCUAUUUCGCCUUUACAACCAGAAGCACAAUUUCUGAAAGUGAAGGAAACUUUUUGAAAUCUGUUCUAAAUCAUCUGUGAUUUCAAACACUUCUAUAUCCUACAGAUCUUAGAUAUUUAACCUCAUAGCCAAUAGCUGCAUCUAGACAUAUCUAGUUUUAAAAUUUUCAUUUUGAAGUAUUUUGAUUCAGUUACAUUUAGCACACAUUUUUCCGCUCGAUCUGUGCAUUCUGUGUCAACGAAAGCAGCAUCAAAACCUCUUUCAUCAUGUAUACAUUUCAAAUGCAACCGUAACCUGGUGUACUUCUAUGGUCUCCUGUCAGCUUCCUCUUCUUGGUUCAUGAAAUGAUAGUUGCUGAUAACCUUGGAAAUAACAAUAAAACAUUUUGGACAUGUUUUCAUUA